AUGAGUUCAUUAUCAUUUGAUAUAUUUUGUUCAAAACUUUCAGACUGUGAAGCACCGAUAUCAGUUAUUACAGAAAUCUUAUCAAAAAAUGACCCUUUAAAUUUUCAAAAUAUCUCCAAUGAAUUUAGCAAAUUAGGAUUUACCAAAGUGAAGGAUUUAGCUAGAGCAACCCUUGGAAAAGCCAGCCUUAUGAAAUUGCCAGGAGAUACUCUAACGCUGCUUUAUGGAGCUAUAGAGAUAUAUAGUGAACGCCUGGAUAAUCUUCUAAAAUAUGCAAAAUUGGAACUUCAAAAUGGAAAUUUCAUUAAUACUCAAAAAAUAUGUGAAAAAUUACUUUUACAUAAACCGAAAGAUUUAAAUGUUUUAUUGCUUAAUGCCAAAUCAUUUUUCAACUGUGGAAAUUAUGAUGAAUGUAUUAAUUGUUUAGAAAAAGCAAAACAAAUUAAUCCCAAAUGUUCCGAAGUUUUAAGUAACUUUGCAUUAGUUUACAUGAAAAAAUCAGAAAACGAUUUAGCAAAACCAUACCUUUAUGAAGUAUGUGAAUUAAAACCGUAUUGUGUGGAAGCAUGGGUAGAUUUGGCUGUUUUUUCAUUUGAAACAAAUGACUUAAUAGCAGCUGAUUUGGCUUAUGUACGUGUUUUAAGUAUAAAACCUGAAUUAUAUGAAGUACGUAAUGAUUACGGAAAACUACUAUUAAAAUUAAAUAAAAUCAAAGAGGCUAAAAAGCAAUUUAAGAUUGCUCACAGCUGUGCCACAGAAUGUCCUGAAACUCUAAACAAUUUAGCAGAUGUUUAUUAUAAGAGGGGUAAAUUUGAAAAAGCAAUUUCUAAAUAUAAAAAAGUUAUAGAAAUAAAUCCUGAUCUAAUGAAUGUUCAUUUUUAUUUGGGAAUGGCUCAUCUAAAAAUUACAGAGUACCAAAAUGCAGCUAAUGCAUUUUGGAAAGCAGUACAAUUAGAACCAGAAAAUGUGACAGUUUUAAAAAAUUUAGCUGUUACAUACUGUUAUCUAGAAAACAUGGUAUUGUGUGUUGAAAUAUACAAAAAGUGUUUGAAACUUCAACCUGAAAACUUUAAAUUGAAUUUAGAACUGGCCAUGAUAUAUUUACGCAACAUAAAAAAUUAUCAAGAAGCUGCAGUAUAUUUUAAAAAAUGUAUCCAGUUAGGUCCGGAAAGCAUAGACCUGUACAAAAAUCUUUUUGUUGCAUUCCGGAAAGUCAAUGAUUAUCAAAAUGCGUCUGAUACUUGCAUGUCAAUGGGAGAUUUGUACUUAGAAAGUGAUGAUCAAGAAAAUGCAAGAAAUGCAUUCUGUUGUGCUGUACUUUUAAGCCCAGGGAAUGCAGUUGGUCAUUGGAAAUUAGGCCUGACUAUGUAUAAUUUGGGACAUUCGAAUUUGGCUCUUACAAGAUACAAACAUGCGAUAGAAAUAAAGCCGAAUUUGGCAGAUGCCUAUUGUGAUAUGGCAGUAAUUUUUGAUGAACAAGGACUUAUUGAAAAAGCCAUACAAUAUUACAAAAUGACAAUCAGGUUAAAACCAUCCAAUUUAAACGCUCAUUUGAAUUUGGCCGAUAUUUUGUUCAAACAUAAAAUAAAUCUUCUAGAGGCCAUAACACAUUAUAAAAUAGCUCUAGAAUAUGACAAUACAUCUGUUGAUAUUUAUAUACAAAUGGGAAAUAUAUAUAUUGAGUUAAAUAUGAGUGAAGAUGCACUACAUUCUUUUUACAUGGCAAUUCAGCAUGAUCCACAAUGUUUAGAAGCUUACAUUUCGAUUGGUUCUAUACUAAAAGACAGUGAUAAUUUCAUUGAAGCAAUUAGUGCUUACGAAUCCGUAUUAAAAUUACAACCAGAUCAUCCAGACGUAUAUUGUCAUUUAGUAAACUGUUUACAAAAAGUGUGUGAUUGGUCAAACUAUGAUGCACAUGUAAAAAAGUUACAAGAAAUUGUUAAUGAACAACUGAAUGAUGAUGACGUGUUAUCUUUAUUACCUCACGAUGCAUUGAUGUUUCCUCUAUCGUUAGAAGUACAAUCUAAAAUUGCUUCUAAGUUUGCAGAACACUGUGUUCAAAAAUUGAACAAAUCAAUAGAAGAACCUCCACAAUUUGUUCAUCCAACAGUUUUCAAUGGAAAUAUAAAGUUUGGCUUUGUAUCAACCAAUUUUGGUAAACAUCCAAUAACGACCAUUAUGGAAACAUUAACCAGUAUAUGCAAAAACCAACAAGUAGAUGUCAUUUGUUAUUCUAUAUCUUCAAAUGACAAUAUUCCAUCAUGGUUGAAUAACUCUGAACACCAUAAAGAUUUGUCACAACUGAAAUUUGUCGAUGCUGCUAAAGUUAUUAAUAGUGACGGAAUCCAUGUAUUGGUUGACAUGAGUGGUUAUACAAAAGGUGCCCAAACUGAAAUAUUUGCUUUGAGACCGGCCCCAGUUCAAGUUUCAUGGUUUGGUUAUCUUUGUACCAGUGGUGCAACGUUCAUGGAUUACUUCAUUACAGAUCGUAUAUGUUCUCCUCCAGAACUUCAAAAUGUUUAUACUGAACAAUUGAAUUUUACAAAUCAUACGGUUUUUAUUGGCGACCACAAACAUAAGUUUUCUAAUUUACGACAACGCUUAUGUUCUGAUGAAGAACUGGAAAGAUCAACUUUCAACUUGCCAGAAAAUGUUGUCGUUUUCUGUAAUUUUAGUAAACUGUAUAAAAUAGACCCAUUUACUUUACGUACGUGGAUAACUAUUUUGAAUAAUGUUCCUAAGUCUGUACUAUGGCUUCUACAUUUGAACGAUGUUGCUGAAAAUAACUUAAGAACGUUUGCUGAUGUUUUAAACUUUGAUACAUCACGCAUCAUUUUUGCCGAUUUUAUUCCUAAAUAUCAACACCUGAAUCGAAUCCAGUUGGCCGAUAUAUAUUUGGAUACACAUUUAUACAAUGGACACACAGCGUGUUUGGAUGCAUUAUGGGCAGGAGUUCCAGUAAUAACAUUACCGGGAGAUACUUAUGCAUCUCGUGUAACAACCUCACAAUUGACUUCUUUAGGAAUUACUGAUACUAUUGCUCAAAAUGAAGAAAACUAUAUUGAUAUUGCAAUAGAAUUGGGGUUGAACAAAUGCUCCUUGGAAAAAAUGAGAAAAAAUAUUUGGGAUUUAAAAAUAGAAAGCCAUCUGUUUAACAUAAAUUGUUAUGUAACAGAAGUUAUUUUAAUCUUGAAGCAUAUCUCCCUGACAAAACCUGAAUUAGGCGUGUAG